GUGCAAAGAAAGAAAAAAAGCAAUAAUGUUGGCGUACAGAUCGUCGCCGUCGUUGUAGUUAGAAUAGGUGGCGGAGUAGAGAUGUAGAUGUAGAGAGAGAGAGAGACGUUGAAAAAGCAAAUCUUUCUUCUGACAAAAACUUGGGCUGUCAUACUUUUAACCGCCGAUUGCUCUCCUCAUCUCCUUCGUUCUAAAGAGGGGAAAAUAGGACAAAAUUGGCGCCUUCCCGGAGUUCAUGCAGGUCCGAGGAGAAUAAAUAAGAAAUUAUGGCAUCAGAAAGCGAGAGUACUGCUGAUCCUUCAGGUCCUAUUGCAUCAGACAGAGAAAAUUUUGACCUUUGCGGGCCUUUGCACCUGACGACAGUUGAUUGGAAAGAUCCCAUUCACCGAAGGUCUGUGGCAGCUUGUUUGGUUCAGAGUGUGUAUGUUUUGGAACGAGAUCGCCAAGAAAAGCGAGAAGGGAGCCAAGCCCUUGCUCCUCCUUGGUGGAAGUCUUUCAAUUUUCAGCUACACUCGCAGCUUAUUGACGAUGCUGAUUCUUGCGUGUUUGGUGCAAUAUAUGAACUCAAUUCCACAAACUCAGACGGCAAAGAUUCAGCUCCACGCUAUGUAAUUGCUUUUCGAGGCACUAUAACCAAAGGCGACGCCUUUACACGAGACCUUGAGCUUGACAUCCACAUAGUCAGAAACGGGCUGCAUCAAACCUCUCGAUUUGAGAUAGGGAUGCAAGCCGUCAGGCAUAUUGUUGCGACAAAUGAAAGUUCCAAUGUCUGGUUAACCGGUCACUCCCUAGGGGCCGCCAUGGCACUGCUUGCUGGCAAGAACAUGGCAAAGACGGGUGUUUUCCUCGAAGCGUUCUUGUUUAAUCCGCCGUUCUUCUCAGCCCCAAUUGAGAGCAUCCAGGACAAAAAAGUGAAGCACGGGAUACGGUUUGCAGGCAGCGUGAUUACAGCAGGCCUUGCUUUUGCCAUGAAAAGUAACCAACAAACAAACAGUUCGGGGAGUACAUUUGUUGCCUUGUCUGCAUGGCUGCCAUGUCUCUUUGUCAACCCGGCUGAUCACAUAUGCUCGGAGUAUAUUGGCUACUUUGAGCACAGAAAACAAAUGGAGGAUAUCGGAGCAGGAGCCAUUGAAAGGCUGGCUACCCAACACUCGAUCGGGGGUCUUCUGUUGAAUGCAAUGGGUAAGCAAUCAGAAGAGCCUCUGCAUCUUAUACCAUCAGCAAAUCUAACGGUGAACGUAACCCCGGCACGAGACUUCUAUGAUGCUCAUGGUAUUCAUCAGUGGUGGAGACCUGAUCUGCUGUUGGAUUCAAAGACUUACAACUAUAGAUAACUGCAUUUCUUUCAUUUGUAAUUAGUUCAUUGUUUAAAAUGUUCCCUCAUUAGCUUGAACUUGGAAAUGUACUGUACUCAAAGUGCAACUAGAUUGAAAUAAAAUCAUUGUAAUUCUCCACUCCACCUCUGCAUGGAUAUGGCGGUUUUUCAUCUCAGUUUUCUGCCUUCAGCUUCAGUAGUCUCCCAUUAGAAGGACUGGAAAACCAUAAGAAAAGACUUCAACUAAUCGAACAUGUCAGUGUAGGAUCAAUCACAAUGCAAAAUACAUAUCGCAAUACAUAAUACUAAAACAUUGCCCCUAACAGUGAUCUUGUACCGAUCAUAUACAGAGAAAAAUAUUACACUCUGCAAUACAAAAGUAGCAUUAAGAAAAGAAUAAAGAGAAAGAGAGAGGUAAGGUUUGAUGUAAGAAACAAUUUCAUAUUUCUUG